AUGUCUCGAUCAUAUGUUGUGGCACUAUUUGGGAUUUUAUUGGUAAUGCUAGUGGCAAUAGUAGAGGCUACUCCCCCUGGAAUAGCCGAUCAUCCAAGCCAUUCUCAUUGCUCUGAUGAUGAGAUCAAACAGUGCAAAAAUCUCCCACAUGUUUGUCCCAAGUUUUGUCCCAAUGGCUGCAUAACCGAGUGUCGUUCUUGUAAGCCUAUUUGCAUUGAUGGUCCAUCACCAUCACCUCCACCUCCAACUCCAACUCCCCACCCACCAAAAUCCCCACCUCCACCUCCAACUCCAACUCCUGAUCACCCCCAUCCACCAAAAUCCCCACCUCCACCUCCACCUCCAACUCACGAUCACCCCCAUCCACCAAAAUCCCCAAAGAAGGUUAAGUGUAAGAGCAAGGACAAGAAACAUAGCAAAUGUUACAAUCAAGAACAUACAUGUCCUAGCACUUGCCCUGGUACUUGUAAAGUUGAUUGUGUCUCUUGCAAACCUGUUUGCAGUUGUGACAAGCCUGGAGCAGUUUGUCAAGAUCCACGUUUCAUUGGUGCGGAUGGAAUUACUUUCUACUUCCACGGCAAGAAGGACAAAGAUUUUUGCUUAGUCUCAGACUCUAACCUCCACAUCAAUGGUCACUUCAUAGGAAAACGAAAUGAAAACAUGAAGAGAGACUUCACUUGGGUUCAAGCCAUUGGUAUCCUUUAUGCUACUCACAACAUCUCUAUUGGAGCACAAAAGACAGCAACAUGGGAUGAUGCCGUCGACCGUCUUUACCUAAACUUUGAUGGUGAAACUAUCCUUCUCCCAGACAAUGAAGGCGCAAGGUGGGAGUCUGAAACUGGACCAACGACUUCCAUUACUCGAACAAGUGACACCAAUGAAAUUAUAAUCGAAGUUGAAAACAUUUUGAAGAUUACAGCAAAGGUGGUGCCUAUUACAGAGGAAGAAUCGCGAGUUCAUAAUUAUGGGAUAACACAAGACGAUUGUUUUGCUCAUCUUGAACUUGGAUUCAAAUUUUUGUCACUAAGUGAUGAAGUCAGUGGUGUUUUGGGCCAAACUUAUAGAAGAAAUUAUGUGAGCAGAGUGAAAAUGGGUGUUUUGAUGCCUGUAAUGGGAGGUGACAAAGAAUUUUCAGCUUCAGGUCUAUUUAAUGCUGAUUGCUCUGUUGCUAAGUUUCAAGCAGUAAAUAAGGGUUUGUUGAAUAAUUUGGAGCUGCCCAACUUGAAAUGUAGCAGCGGAAUGUCUGGUCGUGGAGUGGUCUGCAAACGCUAG